GUGUCACUCACUCUCUAUUCUACCUUUCUUUCUCUUUAGCUUUGACUUCUAUAACACAACUCUCCCUGCCUAUAAACGCUGCCGUUUAACCUGAGAACUUGGGUGAUCUUUUGGAGUUGUAGGAGCCCUUACACCUUCCAGGGUCAUUCAUCUUUCCAUAGUUAAGGGCUCCUACCACGCAAUAACCCCAAGGUCGAUCUCAAAUUAAUAUAUCAUUUAUUCCUCUUAAUCAAUAUUAAAUAAGCAAAGAUGGGAGAGAUGUCAAACUUCCAAUUGGGUGUUAUUGGGGCACUAUUUCUCUCGGUGGCUUCUUCAGUCUCCAUUGUCAUAUGCAACAAAGCCUUGAUGAGCAACCUUGGCUUCCCUUUCGCUACAACGCUUACUAGUUGGCAUUUGAUGGUCACAUUCUGCACCCUUCAUGUGGCUCAACGCUUAAAUCUGUUCGUGACCAAGUCCAUUGACAUGAAGACAGUCAUGCUCUUUGGCAUUCUAAAUGGUGUCUCCAUUGGAUUUCUCAACUUGAGCCUUGGCUUCAAUUCCAUUGGAUUCUACCAGAUGACAAAACUUGCGAUCAUACCAUUCACCGUAUUAUUAGAAACUAUUUUCCUAAAGAAGCAGUUCAGCCAGAAAAUAAAAUUCUCAUUAUUCCUAUUACUUGUGGGAGUUGCCAUUGCAUCUGUGACAGACCUUCAGCUCAAUUUUGUGGGAACCAUUCUUUCCCUUCUAGCAAUCAUAACGACAUGUGUUGGCCAAAUUCUGACCAACACAAUACAGAAGAAGCUUAACGUCUCCUCCACACAGCUACUCUACCAAUCUGCCCCAUUCCAGGCUGCAAUUCUCUUUGUUUCAGGCCCUCUUGUGGAUCAAAUGCUCACCAAGCAAAAUGUCUUUGCCUACAAAUAUUCUCCUGUAGUCUUGGCAUUCAUUGUCCUGUCGUGCUUGAUAGCUGUUUCAGUGAACUUCAGCACAUUUCUAGUAAUAGGGAAAACAUCUCCUGUAACCUAUCAAGUGCUAGGCCACCUCAAGACUUGCCUUGUUCUAGGGUUUGGCUACACAUUACUUCAUGACCCUUUCACCGGAAGAAACAUUGUUGGAAUAUUAAUUGCCGUUUUUGGAAUGGGCUUGUACUCUUAUUUCUGCACUGAAGAGAACAAAAAGAAACAGUUAGCUAGCGAUCUCCCAUUGGCCUCUCAGGUUAAAGACAAAGAUAGUUCACCACUUUCGGCUGGGAAAAACAUGGGUAAUCAAAACGAGGAAAAUCAUGAGCCUAAGAAGUUAAGCAAGGAUUCUGUUAUUUAAAAGAACAGGCUCAGUGUCUUCUAAGAUUUGGUGUAUUUUGGGUUUCUUUCAAUUUAAUUUCUAGGGGAGUUGUAAUGAGUGUAAAUCAAAUUUUGUUUAAUAAGUUUUCUGUAACUUCAAGUCAAUGCAUUCCCUUUACCAACCAUAUAUGUACGUUAAA